UAGUUGCACGCUAAGGCGUAGCCAAACAGACGACUCGAAUCCGGAAGUGAAAUGUUCCUUGUUGUGCUUUAAAAUAUUGUCUUUUUGUCACUUUACAGCUUAAAGAAGACCCUAAAACUAAAGCCAAAAACUAAAAAACAUGCUUAUUGGACGUCUGGUCACUGUUUGUGAGAAAUAAAUCACCUCUGGAGGGGAAAAAAUGGGCUUUUACAGCUCCCAUGGCGAGUCCUACACGGACAAUCUCAUUGGGACUUUACUCGCAAUAUUUGGAAAUUUUCUCGUCAGCAUUUCUUUAAGCAUUCAGAAAUACAGCCAUGUGACUCUCGCAGGGAGAAAAGAUCAGCGCACCUUCUACCAUACCAAAACCUGGUGGUGUGGUUUUGUAUUCACCUGUAUCGGGGAGUCGGCCAACUUUGUCUCUUACGCUUUUGCCCCUCUUGCUGUUGUGGCGCCUCUCAAUGCAGUGUCUGUCCUGACAAGCUCAAUUUUGGGCUUUUUAUUUCUGCAUGAGAAAUCUAAGCCAAAGGAGUUUGCAAAGCAUUAUGGACUGAUCAUCCUGGGAUACUUCAUUACUGCAGGUGGAACGUAUCUCUUUGUGUCAUUUGGACCAAAUUCUCAUGAAAAACUAGAAGCAGAGAACAUUAUAAAGCACAUCGUUGGUUGGCCUGUCCUCCUGUAUUUGCUGUUGGAGAUCAUUCUAUUUUGCCUCCUUCUGUAUUUCCACAAACAACGAAGGGUUAACUAUCUGGUCGUCAUUCUUUUGCUGGUCGCAUUGCUUGGCUCCGUCACAGUCAUCACAGUGAAGGCAGUUUCAGGCAUGUUGGUACUCUCCAUCGAGGGCAACAUUCAGCUGGACAACCCAAUCUUCAGCGUCAUGUUUGUGUGCAUGAUGGCAUCGGUGAUCUUCCAAGCCAGAUUUCUGUCCCAAGCUUGUAAACUGCAUGACUCGUCUCUGGUCAUGAGCGUCAACUACAUCCUCUCCACUGUCUUUGCUGUUGUUGCUGGGGCCGUGUUUUACUUAGAAUUUAACAAAGAAGAAGUCCUUAACAUCUGCAUGUAUGUACUAGGAUCUGUCCUGUGUUUCCUUGGAGUGUUUCUCAUGACCAAAAACAGGAAAAAACCCAAAAUCUUUGAGCCGUAUGUCUCCAUGGACAUGUCUAAUGGUGUUCCAACGAUCCAUGACAAAGGCUCGGUCGUUCAGCCAGACUUCAACGGCUCCUUCUCGUACGGGACUCUGGUGAACAACGACGGAGUGGCUCCCGCCCCACUGCCAGUGAAUCUGGAGCAGCCGGUCGUCAGCUCCAGAACCUCUGAUGCACCAACUGGGCAGCUGGAUCGGAAGAACGAUUAGGACGGAGCACCGCCUUCCCAGACUCGGUUCAUACAAACUGACCUCCAAAGACUUGAAGCUGUUAACGAAGCUCAGGUGCUUUUUGUCUGACUUUUACCUCUUCACCCCCGUUUUGUUUCUGAACGAAACCUUUAUUUAGGCCUGAAAAACCAGGAAAAUCAAACUGGGAUUGAGCAAUCCUUUUUUGACUUCUCUGCUGAGCUACAAACUGUAUUUUCUAACCUGUUAAAUACAAACCAGUGAGGUGUUUAGGAUUUGCCUAGCAAAGGAACUGUUUUGAGGUGGUAUUUUAUUAUCGAACAGGUAAAGGGAUCUUUUAAAGGCUGCACCUCCACAAAUAGUGCAGAUUGGAUUAAAAAGAUCAUUAGUUCUUGGAAUUUAACACCUGGAAUUGCUGUUCAGGAUCUUGAGAAAGUGAAGGACAGUCAAAUGAAGAAGAGUAAGGCGAGUUUAUCAAACUGUACGUCACCUUUGAUCCGUUUUUGGUCCAAGGUUUGGCUAGUAGCAUCUCAUUGAGUUCCUGUGGUUAUUGUUGAAGGAGAGACUGUGCACUGAUGGCCUUUCUUACAGAGUCUCCGCCCCAAAAACAAACAAACAAACCUGAAGUGUGCAUAGUUAUCCAUGGGGUCAUGAAGGUCACUUUUCUGCCUUUAUUCAUUGAAUUCAGUUGAAUUACUGCUUUUCCUGUGCAAAUGUUUUAACUUAUUUUGAUGUUAUCGAUGAUUUGAACCAUAUAUGUCAUUUUCUGUGUUUUGUCGUGUAGCUUUUACACUAAUGAUGUUUUAACUUAGGCUAUGCAAGUAGAUGAUUAAUAAACGGAACUAGUUAUUUAAAUUGUGAUGUUAUCGAUCUAAACUUCAUCUUCAGGGUUCUGUUGUGCAUCUUUUACACUAAAUAUGCUUUAUUUAGUUAAGUAGGUAGUUAAUAAAUUGGACAGGUUAAUUAUUUUAAGACAUAACAGAUGUUUCAUUGUAUAUUUAAACUAAAAUUUGAUUGGUAAAUGCAUAGUGUGAAUAAUAAAUUAAGUCAUUAGAAGUUU